CUAGCGAGUCAUGGCAUGGACACGUCGUCUCUGGAGCUGCUUUUGGCAAGAAUGUUGGCUUGGCGGUUGGAUGAGGUUACAAUGUUUUGCUGUGUCAAAAGAUCAUGUCAUCAGGAAAACUCUGUGUACCUCCCCCUGCUGGAGAGUCAGGUCUCCAGCUCCUCCAGUGGCAUCAGACACCAUGCUCCUAUCAGUCCCACCAUCAGCCCAUCCUGGAGCAGUUCCCGCUCUGGAGGCACAGACACCGACCAGCAGUCUGGCAUGCACACAAGCAUCAGCGAGAUCCUGAAGGAGAAGAGCCUAAAGCCGUCUCGCCGCAGUCUGCCCUGCCUGGCCCAAAGUCAGACUCAUCCAAUCAACCUCAACCACUUCCUGUCUGUGCCUCUGAGCCCGGAGCCUAAACCAGAGGUUGAGGGUCUGAGUCAGAGCAUCAGCACUUCCUGCAGCCUCCUCCCCCCACAGACAGCAGAGGAUGGCAAGGAUCACUUCGUGGAGGAGUCUGAAGUGAGUACGUGUGAAGCGAGGGCAGACGAGUCAUUUCUGCUGCAAAAGCCUGUCACCCGUGCUAAGUUAGAGGCCCGCACAGAUUCAGUUCAGGGAAAGAAUCCAACGGCUUCAUCCGGGCUCUUUUUCCGAGACGGUAAAAAGCGCAUCGACUACAUCCUGGUUUAUAAGAAGUCGAGUCCACAGGUGGAGAAGAGAUGCACGUUUGAGAAGAAUUUACGAGCUGAAGGUCUGAUGCUGGAGAAAGAGCCUUCCUUGACGAACAACGACAUCAUGUUUGUGAAGGUCCACGCUACCUGGGACACGCUUUGCAAGUAUGCUGAGCAGAUGAACAUCCGAAUGCCUUUCAGAAAAAAAUGCUACUUUACAGACUGGAAGAGCAAAACCUUGGGCAGCAGGUUUCAUCUGAGAUGUCGCCAAAUCAAAAGCUGGCUUCCCAGAAAUCCCAUGAAGCUGGACAAAGAGGCCUUGCCUGACCUGGAGGAAACCGACUGCUACACAGCUCCCUUCAGCAGAGCACGCAUGCAUCACUUCACGAUCAACAACAGAGAGACCUUCUUCUCCAAUUCCACCAGAAGCAGAAUAGUCCAUCAUGUCCUGCAGCGCACCAAGUAUGAGGACGGAAAAUCAAAGAUGGGAAUCAACCGGCUAUUGGGCAACAGCACGUAUGAGGCUGCAUUUCCUCCACAUGAGGGUGGUUACAAGAGCAGGCAUUCUAUCAAGACGCAUGGUGCCCAGAACCACAGGCAUCUUCUGUAUGAGCGCUGGGCCCGCUGGGGGAUGUGGUACAAAUACCAGCCUCUGGAUCUCAUCAGGCGAUACUUUGGUGAGAAAAUCGGUCUGUACUUUGCGUGGUUGGGCUGGUACACGGGCAUGUUAAUCCCCGCUGCCCUGGUUGGGGUUUUUGUCUUCCUCUAUGGUCUUUUAACCAUGGACGCGAGCCAAAUCAGUAAAGAGAUUUGCGAGGCCAACACUACCAUCAUGUGUCCCAUGUGUGAGGAAAACUGUGAGCCUUGGACGCUGAGUGACAGUUGUGUAUAUGCAAAGGUGACCUAUCUGUUUGACAACGGUGGCACUGUAUUCUUCGCUAUCUUCAUGGCUAUUUGGGCCACUGUAUUCCUUGAGUUCUGGAAAAGAAGAAGGGCAGAACUGACUUAUGACUGGGAUCUUAUUGAUUGGGAGGAGGAAGAGGAGGAGCUGAGGCCUCAGUUUGAAGCCAAGUACUCCAGGAUGGAGAGAGUUAACCCCAUCUCCGGCAAGCCCGAGCCUUUCCAGCCUUUCUCAGACAAGCUUAGUCGGCUCAUGGUGUCUGUGUCCGGAAUAUUCUUCAUGAUUUCCCUCGUUCUGACAGCAGUGUUUGCUGUAGUGGUUUUCCGCCUUAUUGCAAUGGAGAAGUUUGCUUCCUUCAACUGGCAUUUUGUGAAGAAGAACUGGCAGUUCGCCACCUCUGGCACCGGUGUCUGCAUCAACUUUAUGAUCAUCAUGUCUCUCAAUGUGGUGUAUGAAAAGGUGGCCUAUCUGCUGACUAAUUUAGAGCACCCACGGACGGAGUCUGAGUGGGAGAACAGCUUUGCUCUGAAGAUGUUCCUGUUCCAGUUUGUGAAUUUAAACAGCUCCACGUUUUACAUCGCCUUCUUCCUCGGAAGGUUUGCUGGCAGGCCUGGAAAAUACAAUAAACUCUUUAGUCGAUGGAGAUUGGAGGAGUGUCACCCAAGUGGCUGUUUGAUUGAUCUGUGUCUGCAAAUGGGAGUCAUCAUGUUCUUCAAGCAAAUCUGGAACAACUUCAUGGAGCUCGGUUAUCCUCUGCUGCAGAACUGGUGGUCUCGUAGAAAGAUGAAGAAAGGAGGUGGUGGAGGGCAGAAUGUAGAGAAUAAGGCCCAGCUUCCUCAGUGGGACAAGGACUGGAAUCUGCAGCCGAUGAACGCCCAUGGGCUUGUGGAUGAAUAUCUCGAAAUGGUUCUUCAGUUUGGCUUCACCACCAUCUUUGUAGCAGCUUUCCCGCUGGCUCCUCUCCUCGCUCUGCUCAACAACAUCAUUGAGAUUCGUCUUGACGCCUACAAAUUUGUCACUCAGUGGAGGAGACCCAUGCCUGCUCGAGCCACUGAUAUAGGGAUCUGGCACGGGAUUCUCGAAGGUAUUGGUGUGCUGGCAGUCAUCACUAACGCCUUCGUCAUUGCCAUAACCUCAGACUAUAUCCCCCGCUUUGUUUACGCCUUCAAAUAUGGCCCAUGUGUGAACAAGAGGCACCACCAUGGCAAUGAGUGUUUGCAAGGCUACGUGAACAGCAGCCUGUCUGUGUUUGACAUGGGUGAGCUGAAUAACAGAAACCACUCGGGAUACUGCAGGUACAGAGACUACCGAGCGCCACCCUGGAACACAGUGCCAUACGAAUUCACUCUGCAGUUCUGGCAUGUCUUGGCUGCCAGGCUGGCAUUCAUCAUCGUCUUUGAGCACCUGGUGUUUGGGAUCAAGUCCUUCAUAGCGUACCUCAUUCCAGACAUGCCGAAGGAUCUCUGCGAUCGCAUGAGGAGGGAAAAGUACCUGAUGCAAGAGAUGAUGUACGAAGCAGAACUCGAGCAUCUGCAGAAGGAGAGGAAGAAGAAUGGGAAGCGUUAUCACCACGAGUGGCCUUAGCUUAAACCCCCCCCACCCCGUCUCCGCUACGCGACCCUCAGCUUGCAAGCUCCACCUCCCAUGCCUGCUUAUUUAUGUGUUUAAGCUUUUAGAGUCUAGCUUCACUGAUGGCUGAUUCUGUACACCAAAGACACCCUGAUGAGAUCCUCCCCAGAUCUGGCACUGGCCACUCCCUUGCCAUCUGUUCCACCCCCCCGGUUUCUGGCUCUGACCCUUUCUGCCUCCGCCCUCAUCCCUUACCUGGCUUCACCCAACAGGGUGCCCUUGGGUCUGUGCUGCAUCGUGGCUUAGCUGGGAAAAAAAAAAACAACUUUGCAACUGUAAUGUUUACUAUGCAGAUCAAGGGCUGCAGAUCAGCACUGUUCACUGUCCCAUCCUGCACUCUCUCUCUCUCCGUGUGGCAGCUACCACUUUGCUUUGACUCUGCAGUCCGGUGCAGCUCGCAGCAUGGCCGUGUAUCCCCUCCUCCGCCACCACCCCUAACCCCCGUGAACAUCAGCAGAGCCACUUCUGUGGGACAGAACUACAGUGGCAUUUUUAUUGUUGCAAAGUGAUUCUGGUGAUGUGGCUACCAAAUGAGAAUGACUCUGUUCUUGCUAAAUAAAUGUAUAUUUGCUGUUGAAGCAUGCUGAUUAAUAUUUGCAAAGGGAAAAAAACAAACAAAACAAAACUGAACAGCACUCCUUGUAAAGGAUGUUAGCAUCCAUUCAGUACAUCUGACAAAGAAUUCCCUCAGACAUCACAAGAAGUGCAUGGUAAUCCUGCUUUGUACCUUUUCGAUAGACAAACUUCCUGUCUCGAGGCCUGGUUCACAUGUGUCUGUACUCAGUGUGAGCUGUGUGUUAAUCUCUGUGCUACCGCUGAGCUUGACUGUCUCAAGUUGAGGAAAUGUGAACUCUGUGCAAUUUGACUGUGCCUACAGUGUAACAACAUAGCCGCAUACCACAGUUUGUGUCACCAAACAUCACGUGUGCCUGUGUUGUGCAGCACGUGCUUUUUUGUUUUUCUUUGAAGUGCAAGAAAUAUUCUCUCUCCUCAUCCUGUUGUCCUGAUCUGCAGCAGACUCUCUGAACUCUCCUUUUAGGAUUUGCUUUGCACAUGAGUCACGCCACAGUGUACCUACUCGGAUCUCGGCUGACGUCAGCAGCGCACGCCGUAACGUAACGUGUACGCUCGCAUGCAGGAUCCACAAAUCUGCUCUUCCGCUCUGACCCUCGCAGUCUGGUUUUCAUUUGCUGCUGGAAGCCCCAAAGCGUGGUUGAAAACUUGGAUCACUUAGAAAUACCUGUGGCUUGGAUGUUCAGUUUUGAAACGAACUUCUAUCCACUGUUCUUCGCUCGCAUAAUACGCUACAAGCUUCUGUUGCAGACUUUUAUUAAACACACAGUGAGACACAUGGUUUCAGCAGCUGUCUGAUCUUUGAUCAAACAGACGCGAGAGUUUAUUCAGUUGCAGAGUGGUGACAUUGCCUUUUUUUAUAUUGUGAUCAGAUUUGAUGUCAUGGAUUCGAGAAGCAUGUUUUUGCCUAAUGAACUCAGGAAAAUAGGCAUCGUGGCAGGUAUAGUUGGACCUGCGAGGUUGAGUCGGGAUAAUUUCCUUUCUUUGCUCUGUUGAGUUUGAGAGUUAAAGGGUGUGUGAUGUGAACUGAGACUUCAAAUACUUCAAUGCAUCAUAUUGAUCAUGUGGUGUUAAAUGUAAAAAUGUUAUGCACUGUAAAGGUAAAAGCUGCACCAAUCUAACAUCUGAAGGGAACAUUUCUACCCUGAAUGCAUCGCACAACACUGACAACAUUCUUCAUUUUGCAAGAAUUGUCCUCCUUUCUUUAUUUUACUUUGCCUGUUUUUUGUAUAUACAUUUUAUGACGUACGUAAUGUUUUUAUACACUUUAUUUUGUGCUAUCACGUGCAAGUUCACUCGUUCUCACCCUCAGAUAGAAAACGUUACGUCCACUUGUCUCAGGUGUCCUCUGAAUGUCUGCAGAUGAUCAACUUUUUUAUCAUAUUUUCUAAGAUGCAGUCAAAGGUAUUCUGCUUUUUUUUAGAUAUAUAUUUUUGCACUGCCGUGUUUUUGCAUGACUCUAAUGCGCACUCACGAUAAUAAGCAUGUUUUUUUUUAUUUUGCUGUAUGUUAGAGCAGAUCAAAGAUCAUGGAAUACACUCACAUACUUCAUUUAGUUGGCAUUUUUUUUAGGUUGCUGGUCAAAAAACUCCUUUCGGGUCACAUUCAGUCCAAGUUUCAUAAUUUCAUUCACCAGAGAGAGAGAUAUUUGCUUUCAAACCUUAUUCCAAUACUUAGGAAAGUAGUCAGUGUUUUCAGAGUAUCCUCCCUGCUAUGUGAACACCUAAAAUCUAUGCAUGUUGUUAUCCUUGAAUGCUAUGUUUAUUUUUGAACAGUCAUAAAUGUACUGGUACAUUUGUGCUGUGGAGUGUGCAUGACUUAACUACUGCUUUGAGCAGAGCUAACUUCUGUAAAGUUGCGUCUUAAACAUAUCACUUCCCUUUUUUUAGUGUUGAUCGUUUCUGGAAGGACCGGUGUGUUUCUAGAUGUGGCAGGAUUUUAUACUGGUGCAGUAUUUUCUAAAAUAACAGCAUGAUCUCCAGACCGCUUAAUAAAAAAAAAUAUGUCCGGGAAUUUUCCGUAGAGUCUGAUGAAACAUGUGAAACCUCAGACUUCUUCCGCUUGGACAUUCAGACGGGAAUUAUAAUCACACUUACACUCUAACAGCUGAAGCAUUUAACCGAAGGGAAUAGGGGUACUUCAUAGGGGUACUAUGAAUGAAUAAUUACAUGACCUUGGAUGUUUGGCUCGCCCAGUUACUAAUCGUUUCCGGAUGGAUCUUCAUCAGUUCACCUCACUGAUACUAAUGCUGCACAGUGGUGGAAAGGUGUCUCUCAUGCUUUCUACUGUUGGCAAUAGCACAAUCUGGGUAUUGUAUAAUAAGUAAUAAUAGCGUGACCUUGCACAUCUCUGAAAAUAUAGCAGUCUGGAGGGGGAUUAAGCUUUCUGUUCUAUGCCUCCUAAUAGGAUUGUGCUAUGAUGUACUUGAAGCACAGUGACGUAAGCCCGUAGAUUUAUUUGUAUAAUAGGACGAUAGCAGUCGUGACAUGACGUGUAUCAAUAACAUUGUUUACUUUGUUCCUGUUUACAUGUAAAAAAAACAAAAAACAUAUUGAAAUGUAUAAAAACAAUGUAACAUAAACUAAUUUGGAUAUCACUCUUUUCUGUAAUAAAUCAUGGAUUGUAUCUUUUAAACUAA